CUUUAUUACUUCAUUUGUAAAAGAAAGAAUGAAAUCAUUGUUAAAAAAUAUACGAAUUAUGUGCUUUAUUUGGAUAGAAAUAAUACAAUAAUUUUUUAUAAAGAAGCACGGAGAUUCUGUAUAAUGAAAUAAUAAAGUAUCGAAAAAAAAGACCAAAAAUGUUCUCCAGAAAAAAUCUUCCACUUUUUUUCUAUCUUACAUUCGCGAUGCUUUCAAUCCAUCGCGCCUAUGCCCUUCCUGAACGGAAAUCAAUUACUGAUGAUGCUAAAAUUACCGAAAUUUCUCUCCUUGAACUUCCUGAAACCGGCGAACUCUACGAAAUGGUCCCUCAAGUGGUCGGCAACGAAGAAAAUCCUACCACCGAAGCUUCUCAAACCUUACCUCCUAUGUGUAUUAAUGGUGUCCCGUUCAUCUUCAAACAAAAAUUCUACUAUCCCCAUAAAAAAUGGUUCCCUAAAGCUUAUGUUAAAGGAAACUUUUAUAAAAUGUGUUCCAAUAAUGCAAAAUGUAAAUUUAUUUUCAUCAAGCAAUAUGAAAAUAAUAAUUAAAGUAGUAACAAGAGUAGAAAAAUAUUGGCAUCUAAAACAGAAUGAGGAUUCUCUUGUAAAAUAUAUUUUUU